AUGUCGCCGCCCGACUAUGUGGCUUGUGCUCCUACAGACACCUCCCCGGCAUCUACCACCAGCCAGAUGAACCUUGGUUCGAAACAUAGGUCAUCACCCAAUGCUGAAACAAAUUCACCGCAGCCAUCGUCACCAGAAUCUGAAGACUACAAUCACUUGAAACAGAGUCGCCAUGAUAUACGCUCGGCACGCCCCUUCCCCAAUGUCGACGAUCGGCCUCAUUCUCAAGCACACCAUGGUGCACUGCAGACGCCUGCGAACCGAAACGAAGACAUGCUGGCUCAGGGUAGAAGGGAAGGCUUAGAGACACACUGUUCCUCCCAUAAAAAGAAGGGUAAGCCUCAAAGGUUUUAUUGUGAUGAGUAUCCGCCGUGUAGUUUAAGCUUUACACGCAGCGAACACCUGGCCCGACACAUUAGGAAACAUACGGGAGAAAGACCAUUUGUAUGUCAUUGCUCCCGCCGUUUUUCACGUCUUGACAAUCUACGUCAACAUGCACAGACAGUCCAUCAAAACGAAAAUAUACCCCAAGAUUCCCUAGCUGCCAUGGGAACAAGGUAUCAGCGACAGGUGCCGAUAGAGAGAGCUCGGGUGCAAGGUAAUAGAACGAGAGGUCAUACUACCAGUAGCAGCCAGAGUGGUCCAAUUCGCCGACAUACACGGAACUCGUUGUCUACAUCUAGUACGAGCUCCAUCAACUCGGCGUUUGGCGCACAAGGCAUUAGUGAUCAGAGGCGUCCAGCACCAUUAGUCAUGCUCACGAAUGUUGACCGGAUACCUUGCUCUCCUGAAUGGACAACUAGACCUACAACUCCCGCUACACCCCAAUUCAAUCUUCCCUCGCCGAAUAAUAAUUACCAUACGUCUAUAUCGGCAAUGUCAUGCAAUGGUCCUGGCACACCUCCAUGGACUCCUGCUACGAUCUCUCCCCACUGCAUGUCGUACCCACUUCAGCUUAAUCGUCCCACUGACAAAUACACGCAUGACCGACGCAUGUCUGUCCCAAACACUUCAAGUUCAAUUUCCUCGUCUCCCUCGAAGCCUCCAGGUGCAAUGCCAAAGCUUAGCUUUACUUCUUCAGCUCAACCAACGCUUCAGAAGAGUGCCACAAAUAAGAGCGUGUCAGAUGCAGAAUUUCGACGCCGGACUUGGCAUCCUGACUCGUCUGCUUCCAUGAUAAGUCGGGGCUAUGAGACCAUGGCGUCUAUCUCUCAUGUACCUGACGAAUCAUUUCAACCAUCACACCUCUUUCAAAAUGAUGCAUCAGUAGCUCCUACAAUGCGCCUACCAGGAAUAGAGAGCUUUGACUCUCUACGAGACCCUCCUACUCCACCACGACGCGAUUCUAACAGCUUCAUGAAUCUCAAUCCAGAUGUACGAUCUUCAUGGCCUAUUUCUCCGUUAAAUUUAUCGUCGACCCGCUAUGCGAGUCAUGGAUUCAGCCGAGGAGGACCUCUACAUGAAUUACAGGACACAGGAGAUUGGGAAGCACCUCGUACUGAAUUAGGUGGUAGUAUCAAUUGCAGCAACGAAGGCAAGCGAUUAAAAACUUCUCUACACAAAGAACUCCCAUCUCCUACCAGUAUAGGCCGAGUGACGCAUAGGCACCCUAUCAACGAGAAGAUACCUAUAUUGAAAAAUCAUGCCACAUCUUGGCCUACAGAUUCUGUACAAAGUAAUCCUAAUUUCCCGUCAUGGAUACGAUCAGUAGUUCAAAAACCAUUAAUUUCGGCCGAAGCAAAUGGUCUUGCUAGUAGAAAUACACAAGAACCGUGUACACCGACAAAUGACUACUAUUCGAAUAAUUAUUGCGUCAACAACUGGACUGCUAAUCAUCACGGCACAGUAGCUAUCUCAGGAGAUUAUGGUCGGUCCAAUCCUUAUCCACCUCUUCCGACUCCCGAGCCUUGUGCCAAUGUUACCCCACCAUUUCCACACCAGAAAAAUUCGAGAAAUACAGGUACCGAUACAAUUCGUCUUGAUGCCCUUGUUGCCGCUGCAUCUCUAUAA